GGUUGAAAACAGACACUUAACGAAACAUAUUACGAAAUUUGGGGAGUUUUAACACAACACAGACGGAUAAUGUCGCAUAUAGAGGCAGGUGUGUCGAUAUCACAGCUCAAUAUUGUAGUUUAACGUGUGAGUGCGACGCUCCCGCCCAGCCGCUAGGUGGCCACACUGCACCCAACUCACUUGCCUGAGUUUUGAAGAGACACUCAUGCGUGUGUGUUGAGGGCAUGUUCGGCUCUUGUUGUGUAAUACGUUGUAACUUCAUUUUACGGUGAACGUGAGGAGCCCGUGAGAGCAACCACUCGUCCGCGUGCACCUGGGCGUACAGCGCAGACAGCUUCGCGCCAUGUCGGCGGUCUUCUCCUUCCAGACGCAGCUCGUCUCCAUCAUGGACGCGCUGUCCAAAACAGCUGUAAUGGAAAUAAGCAAACUGGUGGAGAUCGAGUCGAAGAUGCUGAAAAUAGAGAUAACUCGAGGGCGGAACGAAAUCGCCUCGCUCACAGAGAAACUGCAGCUGAUGGAGAAAUUGCUGUACAUCGCGCAGGGCAGCAGGCAGGACGCAGCUGCGGCAGCGUGCUCAGCGGCGAGGGACGGUUCAGAGGACGGGCUGCUGGAGCCUGACAGGUCGAGACCUGCCAUGAAAAGUGAGAGCCCGUGGGAGAGCAUAACUUCGCCCACUGAGAGGAGCAGUUUGCAUCCAGGUGAAGAGCGGGCAGCAGCUGACCUUCCAAAUCCACCAAAAGAGCAGCCUGAACUGAUUGUUGUAAAGGAAGAGCCGUCAGAGUUUGACAGUGGAGACACCGAACAAGAAAGGACAAGUGAAAACAGAAGGGAAUCGGUCACAGACACUCAGAAGAGUCCAGAACUGAUGCAGCGUCUUAAACCCGCCGCAGAACAUCAGCAGCCUCUGUUUCCCGACAGCUUUGUGAUCCUGAGCACCCAGUCGUCUCUCGUUGGACCGGGGAGGAGAGAAACGCAGUGGAAUCCGCAGCUCACACCGACACACACAAACCUAGACGCUGGGAAAGGCUUGGCACAAAACGUCGCCUCCCAAAGCUUAAGUGUGCUCAGGAAUAUGAAGCUUCACAACUUGAGGAACUCGGCUGCUAAGAGGUUUGGCUGCCUGCAGUGCGGCAAGAGCUUCAGAUGCUUUAGCCAGCUUGAAAUACACCAAAGAAGUCACACAGGAGAGAAGCCGUUCAGAUGCACACUUUGUGGAAAGAGAUACGCGCAAAAAGGGCAUCUGUACACACACCAGCGCACACACACCGGGGAGAAGCCAUACCGCUGUCCUAUUUGUGGAAAGGGCUUUAUCCAGAAAUGCACUCUCGAUAUGCAUCAGCGCACACACACCGGAGAAAAACCUUAUGUUUGUGUCAAAUGUGGCAAGGGUUUCACAAAGAACUGUAAUCUGAAAAAACACCUCGCAGUGCAUCUAGAUCCUAGUUUGAACAUGUAUGUUAGUGAAUCUAACGCACCGACGUUCAGUGGUACGUUCAUAAAUGGAACCACUUACUGUAACACCUGUGGAAGAGCCGCGUCGUCACGUUCGGAUUCUUGCCAUAAUUUCGAGAGAUUCGGGCUCCCUGUCGAGAUGAUGUGCGACACCACGAACCGAAGUUUCCGGUCGCAGCUAGCCGCCAUCCUGGACAAGCUAACGAAGGUGGCCGUGGCAGAAAUAGGCAACCUGGCUGACGAGUGCUCCUCCGUCCUUCACACCGAGAUAUCGCUGCACAAGACGGAGAACGAGGCGCUGAAGAAGCGGUGUUACUCACUGGAGGUCCAGCUGAGGGCAGCGAGGGAGGCGCACACCUACCCGCCGCAUGUCAACAGUGUCAGCCGCCGACACCCCGCAGAACCGCAGCUGCCUCCUCCAGCCAUUGAUGGAGUUUUUGGAAAGGACUGGUGCAUGGAUCUGUGGCGGGAAGACAAAAUCCCACCUCAAACAAAAGACACAGUGGAUCCUGCUGCGAUGACGAGCAUGGGAGCACAAGCAAUCAAUCUAUUGGGGAGGGAACCUGAUCUCAUCUAUGUCAAAGAAGAGAUAUAUGAUGAUCAUCCCAUUGGUCAACAGAUGAGGCUCACGGAUAACAGAAAAGUUGUUGGAUUGUUUGAGGAGGACAGCAUGCUUCAGGGAUCUGUUGAUGAGCUGCAGCUUCACUCAGGGGAAUUAAACAACUUCACAAUGACGGCAGACGGUCAAACACACCUACGUUCACAGACAACAAUUAUGGACAAGUUAAUAGAGGAUGCAACAAUGAGCGCUCUGGUUGACAACACAAUUCCUCCUCCAGCCACCAGCGAGUAUUCGGACUAUACGAACAAUACCCACAUGAACACAACCAAAGAACUCACCAUGCAGCCAAAACCCUUGAAGCCCAUGAAACGGUUUGAGUGCUUAUUCUGUGGGAAGAUAUUCAACUAUUUGAGCAGUUUAAAAGUCCACAUCAGGCGACACUCCGGUGAGAAGCCUUUCAGCUGCUCAGUUUGUGGGAAGCGCUUUGCACAGAAGACGUACUUGAAACUGCACCAGCGUGUGCACUCUGGAGAGAAGCCUUACAGCUGUCCAGACUGCGGCAAAAGUUUCUCCCAGAAAAGCUCUCUGAACAUACACCUUCGCACACACACUGGUGAAAAGCCUUAUAGCUGUGUGGACUGUGGGAAAUGUUAUGCAUACAAGUAUGGUUUAAAUCACCACCAGUGUUUCACCUGACUGAUCAAAUCCCAUGGUCACUGACAGGAAUUGUAACUGAUCAGAAUAGCUACUUCUGCCAAGUGCUCUGUGGCUCAACAUUUGCCAAAAUGUCUCUGCAACACACACGUGGAUGGAAAGUGUACAUUUGAAAUAGUCCCAUCAAUUUCAAGGAAAAUACUUGUUUAUUUCCAUGUGGUCAACAGUGAUGCCGUAAAAUCUUUGGUGUUUUUUUUUUUAGCUUUAAUGCAAAGAGAAAGGCAGCCAAACAACAGUACAGAGAACAUCUUCCAUUUCAAGUAGAGCUGCAACAAUUAAUCGAUUAGUUGUCAGGUAUUAAACUAAUCUCCAAUUAUUUUGAUAACCAAUUAAUUUGUUUACUUGUAUAAGGGGAAAAUAAGCAAAAAUCUCUGAUUCCAGCUAAAUGUGCUUAUAUUCAGGCUUCACUACUCCUCUGUCUUAGAUAACUAAAUAUCUUCUGGUUGUGGACAAAAGAUUGACUUUUCUUUUUUUUCAUAAUUUUAUAUGAAUUUAAUUAAACCACACAAUUAAUAGGUCAAUCAAGAAAAUAGUUGUUGCAGCUCUACUAUCUCGUCUGCCAUUUGAACAGGCAGGAUUGGAUUAAUUUUAUUGGCGAUCUCAAUAUGUUUUAAUCCCUCAAAAAUCAUUUCAAGUCAAUUUCACAUUUCAUGAUAGAUAAGUGUCAUUGAUCAGGUUACAUUCAUUUGCUGCCUACAUUUAAUGUGACUUGCUCAUGCAAACUAUGACAAAGAAAAAAAAAAGACUUUUGCAUGUCGUCAUACAGCUGUUACAUGCUCUACAUACCUCAGUGUCUAAUUUCAGACCACAACAGGCAUGUGUCAAAUAAUGCCAAAAUAACUUUCAAUAAGUGCUCCAUUGUUUGCACACACGUAGCACAAACCUUCAAAACUACCUCUUCACAACAAUGUAGAAGUAAAACAAGUCGCUGUUUGCUUCAUUCCUCAAGUCUCACCGCUGCUUUACAUUUUCCCAUAUGUCACGCCUCAUCGACAUUUAACACAAUAGAAACUGGAUCAGCACUUUUCCGUUAAAAACUGUUAUAAAGGGAUGUGUGUGUGUGUGUGUGUGUGGGUCGCAUUAUAUUCAAAUGAGUGAGAGCUGUUUCAUGUCUAAAUGUUAUUACUAUUUAAAAAUGUGUUUGUAUGGUUGGUUACAGGAGACUAAAAGUGUGUUGUCAGUGUGCAGAUGAGCCAACUUGUUUGUUUUUAAAUGUCAACCAUUUCUGUUCAGGGAAUCAUACAUUUUUUAUUCUGCCCUGAACUGUCAUCAUACCUGAAAAGAGCAAUUAUCUGUACCUAUUUUGCCUGUAAUAAUGAUUCCCCUGAACAGACCACACCGACCCAACUGAGUGAAUUUCUUUGCCCAAGAAAUAAAUCUUGUGCCGUUUUGUUUCCCCCCUUUUCAGUCAAACCUGCAUGCCCCUUAAAGAGCCCCAACAGAUGUGCAUUGUUCUGAUUGUCAACAUUUAAUAUGUAAAGACUCCACUGAUGAAACUGAUUCUUCCAAGUUCAGUGCAGCUUGGGUUCAGAUUAGACAAAGUAAUUAAUACUUUAUAAAGGAGAAUUCUAUCAAAUAAAAUUUUCAUCACCCAG